AUGCCGGAGCUCCGAUCGCGCAGCGUCAAGGACGCCGUAGUCGAAAAGGUCGCAGACGCGGUCGGCGUUCAUGAAGAUGACCACCCCGCAGACGGUUCAACCCGAGUAGGUGCGGCCGCCCCGGUCUCCAAGCUGCCGACUGUACUCCAGUUCCCCGUUGUGGCAGUGCUGAGCUUGGUGCUGUCAUCUCUCGGCUACGCGCUUCUGGGAGCUGUCACCGAGGGCGACUUGGCGGCUGUCGCAAGGUCAACGGAGAAUUCUCAGGAUGUCGCGAUCCUAACCGGAUGGAGGGUAUUAAUAUUGGCAAUCGGCUGGUUUGGGAACUUUGACAGCUAUGAUAUUGCCGCGCUGAACAUCCUCAGCCACGGCCCUUGUCUUUACCUGUUAGUCACGUUUUACGACGUCAGCGCCACAUCAGCCCUAUCGGCCCUCGUGGUUGACGCGCUGGCGACCUCGCUCCCGUUCCAGCUUCUCCGACCCGUAGCUAGCGCGCACGCCGCGUCUGGGGACACGCCAAAUCAGGAGAUUGUUGCGGACCCGGCGAUCCAGGUGUACACGGCCUCGCUCUCGGCCGUGAUCUACGGCGCCACGCUGCUCGGCGCCCUCAAGACCUUUCUCCCGCGCGUGCUCGUCAUUUACUUUGCCAGUAUCAAGACGCUUCUCCCGGCGUACGAGGCGACGUGGACGACGGUCGCCCCCGCCGCGGCGCUCGCCGGCCUCGCCGCCAGGGUCUUUGUCUUCACCCCCUUCGCGGCCACCCCGAAGAAGGACGAGGACACCGCGUUGUAUCAGUUCGACCCCGCCGAGGCGACACUCGCGCAGACCGUCGCGCACAACUUUUGGGGCUACACCGCCAAGGCCAAGGUGGGUAUUUCUAGGACUGUGGUGGUGGCGUUCAUCACAUUUGUCGACACGUACCUCCAGUGCACCAAGGUCGUCGAGGGGGUCGAGCCGGAGGGUGCUCAGAUCUACGCGUUGGUGUGGGCUGCGGCAGCCCUAUUCUCAAGCAUCGGGCUAGGACUCGUGGGACGGACCUAA